AAUCAUAUUAAUCUCUUUCUGCUUUACACAUUCAUUCUUUGCUGUUAAACAAGAUUAAAACGUUCAUGUGCACACCACCCAAGACCACCAGAAGCUUUUCUUCCCUUUUGUUGCAGAUUCUCUCUCGCCAUUUCCCUUUUCCCUUUCUCCAUUUCCCCAAUUUCACUUCAUGGACUCCUGCUGCCUUCUUCUCAGAACUUUUGAAGCUAACCUCAAUUACUACUAUAUCUAGUCUGUCGGUUUGCUACUGAAAAGCUGUUUUCUGAUUUCUGGGACCAAAUGAAGAGCUUCAAUUUAGAAAAGCGUAUGGAGGGCAUUGUGUUAAUAAUGGCGAUUGUGGUAUUUGGGGUUCUAAUUGGGGGUAUUCGAUGUCAGGAGGAUGCAGAUACUUCAGCUGCUGGUGUGUUUAUGGUUACUCUCAAACAAGCUCCUUCUGCUUUUCAUAAUUCCAGGCCUCAUAAAGCCAAAAAGCCAUCUCAUCCUUUUGGAUACCCUUCUUCUACUUCUGGAGGAGCAAACACACUCGAAAAUCCAAGUUUCCGUAACAUCACGAGAAAAGGUCGCCGCAAUUAUGGUUCACGUAUUGCAAGAGUUCAUGAUUCACUAUUGAGGCGGGUUCUAAAAGGGGAGAAAUAUCUGAAACUAUACAGCUAUCACUACUUAAUAAACGGAUUUGCUGUUCUCGUUACUCCUCAACAGGCACAAAAGUUGUCGAGUCGAAGAGAGGUGGCAAAUGUGGUACCCGAUUACUCUGUUAGAACUGCAACUACACACACCCCACAGUUCCUCGGUUUACCUCAAGGGGCUUGGCUCCAAGAGGGUGGGUACGAGACUGCAGGAGAAGGAAUUGUAAUCGGGUUAAUUGACACCGGAAUUGAUCCAACCCAUGUGAGCUUUGCCGAUGGUCUAUCAGAGAACCAUUAUCCUGUCCCGGAGCACUUCACGGGCAUUUGUGAGGUCACUCGAGACUUCCCAUCGGGGUCCUGCAACCGAAAACUUGUUGGGGCCCGUCACUUUGCAGCAUCGGCUAUUACAAGAGGAAUUUUCAAUGCCUCUCAGGAUUAUGCUUCACCAUUUGAUGGCGAUGGCCAUGGGACGCACACGGCUUCUAUUGCUGCCGGAAACCAUGGUAUUCCAGUUGUAGUAGCUGGGCAUCACUACGGGAAUGCCAGCGGAAUGGCCCCUCGUUCACACAUUGCUGUUUAUAAGGCCUUGUACAAAAGCUUUGGUGGCUUUGCUGCUGAUGUUGUUGCUGCCAUUGACCAGGCAGCUCAGGAUGGAGUGGAUGUCAUAAGCUUGUCGAUCACUCCUAACAGACGUCCUCCGGGAAUUGCAACGUUCUUUAAUCCCAUAGAUAUGGCCUUGUUAUCGGCAUUUAAAACGGGUAUUUUUGUGGUACAAGCGGCAGGUAACACUGGACCAUCACCUAAGAGUGUUUCUUCCUUCAGUCCGUGGAUCUUUACGGUUGGUGCUGCUGCACAUGAUAGAAUGUAUAGCAACUCUAUUCUACUUGGAAACAACAUCAGCAUUCCAGGAGUCGGACUUGCACCUGGAACAGAUGACGGUUACACUUUGGUCUCUGCAACGGACGCACUGAAUGAUUCAGAAACACCAACAGAUGAAUAUGUGAACGAAUGCCAAGAUUCCAGUGGCUUGAAUCAGACCAUCAUCCAAGGAAACCUCUUAAUCUGUAGCUACUCUAUAAAAUUCGUUCUUGGACAGUCCACCAUAAAUAACGCUAUUCAGACAGCUAGAAAUCUGAGUGCAGCUGGAGUUGUGUUCUCCAUGGACCCUUUUAUCAUCGGCUUUCAGCUUAAUCCUGUUCCAAUGAGUUUGCCUGGUAUCAUAAUUCCAUCUGCUAAUGAUUCGAAGAUCUUACUUCGGUACUACAAUUCUUCGUUAGAGAGAGAUCCGGUUUCAAAAAAGAUCAUCAAAUUUGGGGCAGUUGCAUGCAUUGCAGGCGGGGUAGAAGCAAACUACAGUAACAGCGCUCCGAAAAUCAUGUAUUAUUCCGCUAGAGGACCCGAUCCAGAAGACAAUUUCCUUCAAGAUGCCGACAUAUUGAAACCAAAUCUCGUUGCACCUGGAAAUUUCAUUUGGGCAGCUUGGAGUGCAGGUGGCACAGAUUCGGUCGAAUUCCUUGGUGAGGACUUUGCAAUGAUGUCUGGGACGAGCAUGGCGGCUCCGCAUAUUGCUGGGCUUGCAGCAUUGAUUAAACAAAAAUUCCCGGAUUUUAGUCCUUCAGCGAUCGGGUCUGCGUUAUCGACAACGGCUUCUCUCCAUGAUAAAGAUGGAGGUCCGAUAAUGGCACAACGUGCGUAUGCUAAUCCGGAUUUAAACCAGUCUCCAGCAACACCCUUUGACAUGGGAAGUGGUUUCGUGAAUGCAACUGCAGCAUUAGAUCCGGGACUGAUUUUUGAUCUGGGCUAUGAAGACUACAUGUCGUUCCUCUGUGGCAUAAACGGAUCCGCACCUGUGGUCCUAAACUACACGGGCACAAAUUGUGGAGCCAUGAACGUUAGUGGCGCGGACCUAAACUUGCCUUCGAUCACACUUGCAAACCUGAACCGAUCUCGAGUCAUCCAAAGAACCGUCACCAACGUCGGCCGGAACGAGUCAUAUAGCGUGGGGUGGAGCGCACCUUAUGGGGUCUCCAUGAAGGUGACCCCGGCUCACUUUUUCAUCGCGAGUGGCGAAAAACAGGUUUUGACCGUCUUCUUGAAUUCAACGAUGAACAGCAGCAUUGCAAGCUUUGGGCGAAUCGGACUUUUUGGUGAUCAAAGUCAUGUAGCGAACAUUCAUUUGUCGGUGGUCGUUAAAAUCACAUAUAACACGACUAGUAGUUGAGGGUUGUAUGAUUGUAGUAUGGUUUGUAUUUGUUAAUUUUUCUGGGUUUUUUUGGUCAUUUAUGACCCAUUUUUAAGUCCAGUUUUUGGUGUGUAAAUUAUUGUAGGGUCUUGGUAGGAGGCUAAUGCAUUUGCUUGAUCUUGAUUACAAGUUGUUUGACUUUUGACUUUUUUGAAAAUGAAUGAUUUAAU